CAGGGCAUCGGGGCAGGGACCGGAGGGAACAGGAGGAAGGGGAGCGAGGGUCUCUCCCAUCCCGGGGAGCGGGAGCGCCGCGCCCGGAGCGGGGCCCGUGCGAGCUGCAGUGCGGGGCCGAGCUCCGGGCCGUGCCCGUGCCCGUGUCAGGCUGACCUCUGGGGAGUGCCUGUCCAGGGAGAGGUGCCGGACCGAGCUCUGGGCCGUGCCCUCCCGAGAGCGGAGCGCUGAGGGGAAGGAGCGGGCAAACGGAGCGGGCCCCCCUCACAGCAAAGCCGGCGCCCGGGGCGCAGCGGGGGCGGAGUGGGCCGUGCCAACUCCCCCACCAUGCUCUCCGCCGCUAAUGCCUUUUCUCUGCCGCUGCGCAGGAGUCCCUGCGAAUGUAGUUCACCUGCCGGUGCCUCCAGCAGAAGGAGGCUAAUCCCAUUGUGCGGUUUAGCGGCCCCCCCGCCCGCAGGUGAGGCGGCAGGAGCGGUGGGCGCCGCGGACCAAGCCCUGCCCUGCCCAGCCCGGCCGGCCCCCGCCUGCCCAGCAUGUCCGCCUAGAGUGUAUCAUCCUUCUGCUCCAAGGAGGCUGUUCACCUUGCUGAGGUAUAGGUCCUCCCCAGAAGAGCUCUGACAGUGCUGGUUGUAUCACGGGGCACAGCUGAAGAAGCAGCCCCUUAUGAUCCUGCCAUGGGAGUGGUGUCUUUACAAAAUACAUUUUCUCCUGUUAUGCAGGAGUUAACAGAUCAAGCCUUUGUGACCCUUGCUACUGAUGAUGUGUACUGUCAAGGAGCUCUCGUUCUUGGACAGUCAUUGAGGAAUCAUAAGACAUCCAGAAAAUUGGCAGUUCUAAUUACUCCAGAGGUCUCCAAUGGGAUGAGGUCAGUCCUCAGCAGCGUAUUUGAUGAGGUGAUCGAGGUGGGUGUGCUUGACAGCGCUGACUCAGUCCAUUUGGCUCUGAUGCAGAGGCCAGAACUGGGUGUAACCUUCACUAAGCUUCAUUGUUGGACUCUUACUCAUUACAGCAAAUGUGUCUUCAUGGAUGCAGACACUUUGGUUCUUUGCAAUGUUGAUGAGUUGUUUGAUCGAGAAGAGUUUUCUGCAGCUCCUGAUUCUGGCUGGCCUGACUGCUUCAAUAGUGGUGUGUUUGUGUUCCAGCCCUCGCUGAAGACUUACAACCUGCUGCUCCAGUUUGCUGCUGAGCACGGCAGCUUUGAUGGAGGUGAUCAAGGCUUGUUGAACAGCUUCUUCAGCAGCUGGGCAACAGGAGAUAUUGGCAAACACUUGCCUUUCCUCUAUAACCUGAGCAGCAGCUCUGUAUACACCUAUGUUCCUGCUUUCAAUCAUUUUGGUAGAGAUGCCAAAGUCGUUCACUUCUUGGGAGCAACGAAGCCCUGGAACUACAAAUACAACCUUCAAACAAAGAGAGUUAUGCAGGAUGGCACCACAUCUGGAUCUUCUCAUCAGCUAUCAUUUCUUGCCCUCUGGUGGAAUAUAUACAGUGCCAGUAUAUUGCCUUUGUUGGAAAAACUUCAAAAGAUGGAAGAAUCAGAAUCUGAGGAAUGCAAGCAUGUUUUCAAUGGAGUGGAAGUUACCCUGAAGAAGGUCAGUCCUUACGUGGACAGUUCUCUACAAAAGCCUGAGCUCCCAGAGCAGACAAGUGAAGUAAAUCCCACAGCAUGCUCACCCGAGGAACUCGCCUUCAAAGCUCAAACUGUCCAUGAAGUCGAACCAGGAGAUUCUAACGUCCAUCCCUCUGAGCCUGACAGACCUUCAGAACAACCUGCAUUGCAACCUGCACUUCAGGAAACCUCAGAAAUGAAUGAGGUUGUGCAUUUUGUUUCAGAGCUGUCUAUUCACUUCAAACCAGCAAAACCAACUUCAGAAGAUGAACGGAGGAAAUGGGAGGAAGGGCGCAUGGACUAUAUGGGGAAAGAUGCUUUUGAACAUAUCAAAAAGAAGUUGGAUGCAUUUUUACACUAAGACAGGGUGUACUGUUAUGCCCAUCGUGAUAGAUUUCUUUGUAAAUGCAAUUCUUGAAUACUUGGCUGUCUUAACCAGUUUAGGUGACACCAGUUAGAGGUGAUUAUGGAUCCUCAUACAUUUUUGGGGGACCUUAACAGAUGCAGAAUCUUGGUUUUUAACUGAUAAAUGUGCCUCUACUUUAUUGUUACAUGUGUCUCAUCUUCAUUGUUCUUACACAGUGCCUUCUAAAGAAUAAUUAAUGGUACCUUCUGAGUAUAAACUCUCAUAUAUUUAUCACUCUUCCCUGAUGCACCCCAUCUGCAGAAACAGUCAUGUGUAGGAAACAUGUUGGAAGUUGAGAUUGUUUUGGAAAUUGAAUUUCUCCCAAACUGAGAUUAUUCCCAAAGUACCUUCAGAAGUUGCUAUAAAGUAUUUAAAUAAAAAGAACUUAUUCUUGAAACCGAAUUAACACCUUCAAGGGUUACCAUGAUGUAGAUUUCAAUAUGAGAAAGAAGUGAUGAAAUCCUGACUUCAUCGGCGUCUGCAACAAAAUUUUUUAAUUUAAACACAUUUAGGAUCAGAGGAACUUCAGACUUCAUCUGAGAUCACUAGUGGAUGCUCUACCCAGUUAUAGGCAGCUGCUCGGGUCCAUAACUAGUGUGAGGAAUCAUGGUUUAAAAUUCUUUAGACAGAUUGAUAAUGUAUGUUAACCUUUUAGAUUGUUGCCAUAGGAUACUGAUGCUUUUUUAAAUAUUGUAAGCUUUAGUUGCAUAUUCUGAGUUGUGUGGUUAGAAGAAGAAACGCUGACAGUGUUCUGUAAACCUUCUGGUGCUUUUUAUAAAUUUGUUUACAGUACUUCAAACUGCAGCUGUUAAAGGCCUUCUUUGGCUUAGCAUUGUUGCCCCUUACUGCAGGCAAUUUGAGUGCAACUGAAAACAAAAUUGGCACUCAUUUUAGUAAACAGGCCUUUUGAAGAUCUUUUAACAAUAGCUGUGUGUGGGAACUAAUAAAUCUCUGAAUUCCAAAUUCCAAAAAAAUACCUACUGAUGAGGCUGCAUUAUAUUAAGGACACUUACGGGACAGUGUUUUGUGUAUUUGUGUACUUAAGUUUGACUUAUCUCAGUCAGUUUACUUUAACAAAGAAGUAAAAUACCUUUUUUAAAAAGCAAAAAACUUUUAAAGAGUCUUGACAUUUAUGCUAAUAUAGAUUUGACAGUUGUUUGUGACCUCGUUAAAUAUUGGAAUAAGAGUUCUGCAGUGAUGUUGCAGGUCUUGAAAAGUUUUGGUCUAAAUACAUCACAAAUUUUGGCAGAGAUACCUAAAUAAAUUUCUUGGGAAUUCUGUCUAAAAGCAAUGAUGUACCAUUAUGCAUAGAUGCUAGCAGGAAAAACAGAUAGCAGGAUAGGAGGGAAAAAGAAAAUUUUAUUUCUUUUUCCUCCAUCAAAAAGGAUGAGAGAGUAGGGCAAGGAAUAAAUGCACAAAUCAGGAAAGGAAUGAAAGAGUCAAAAGGUCCCUUAAAAGAAGAAAACAUCUUUGAGUAUCUUAGAAUUACUUCCUAAUAUUCACAUUAGUGAAUUUGCUUUCACUUUUGUAGGAUAUUUCUGAUUUUAUCUAGUUCUCAUUUAUCCUUAAACUCUUAAAUGGGGAAUCCCGCUGGUGUGUCUGUUGAACACAACCUUCUAGGUCCAGUUAGGUGUUUAGGGGCAGCAGAGAAAUUGAGAACAGGUCUCCCUCUGCCUGACCCUGGCACCCUGUCUAUCCUGUGUUCCUGGGUAGGUGACCCUCACACUUUAACACAGGUAGGUGUGUUCUACCUCUUGGUGCUGUGGCCCAGUGCAGCAGCUGCAGCGUGCCCUUACUCACGUGGCAUUUGGUUAUCCCUGUCAUCCUUAUGCACUUCUGAGAAAGUCCCCAGUUUUAUGAACAUUGCUGCUAAUAUACUCCUAACAGCUUUUGAAGACUGUAAAGCUGUGGCCAGCAAUGUGAAUUCAUGCUUCAUGCAGCUGUACAUUUUAUAUUAACUACUAGAUCUUAUUUGGUACAUUGAUUAGAUCAUGGAAGAAAAAUUACUGAUGUGAAAUCAGUAACUGAAAGGUUUUAAAAAUAGGCAUAUGAAUUUAGUCAAAUGUGUCAUUGAGUACAUUUCAAACUGUUAAUAUGUCCAAUGAUACUCUGUGUGGCUUAUACAAUGUUUUGCAAAGAAUUGUAGUACAACAAUGUAAUGGAAAUAAAAGAAAUGGAAAAGA